AUGUUUGAUAUCCUUUUUGGAUGGAGAAAAGCUUCUAAAUGCAAGAAACUUAUACGAAGGGUUCAGUGUCGUCUGAAACUGCUCAAGAACAAGAGGAGUUGUAUUGUGAAGCAGUUGCGCAAGGAUGUGGCCGAGCUUCUUCGACAUGGGCAUGAAAAAAGUGCCUUCGACAGGGUUGAGCAGCUAUUGAUAGAUGAAAGUAUGGUGGAAGUAUAUGAUCUGAUUGAGAACUUUUGUGAAUGUAUAAUUAAAAAUCUUGGCUACAUCCGCAAACACAAGGACUGUCCGAAAGAAUUUAAUGAAGCAGUGUCGACUCUCAUUUUUGCAUCGGCAAGAUUUGGCAAUCUACCAGAACUUUUAUCCAUUAGGAAACUCUUUCAAGAGCGUUACGGUGAGAGAUUUGCAAGUGCUGCGCUUGAAUCACACCACGGAAAUUUUGUGAAUCAUCAGAUUAGAGAGAGCUUUUCUAUACAAAAUGUGCCAGAUGAAGUGAAGUUCGACCUGUUAGAUGAAAUUUGUAGGACUUGUGUUGAGCCAGGGCUGCUGUUGCUUGAAUACAAACCUGAGUUGCAAGAAAAAUCGGAAACCAAUCCUAUAGGCAAUAAGAUAUCGAGUAGCGAUGACGAUGAUAGCCUUGAAAUGCCGGUUUCCAACAUUGAAGAGAAAAUUGUAAACAUUGAUCUGUCAUCCGAGAAGCAAACAAUUUUGAAAACUCCGUGUGAUUCUUACAAGUUUACAGCAGUCCAAACCUCAGCGCACAUUAUAGAAGAGAAACUAGUCAAGUCUUUACAGCAUAAUGAUAUGGUUAAAUUUACAGUUUCAGAGUUUAUUGGUGAAACUAACGGUGGAGGCAUGGCAGACGAGUCUUCUUCAGAAACUUCAGUUCGACUACCAGAAGAAAUGAUAUAUCUUGAUGAUAUUGAGGAAUUCGUGUCUUCAUUGAGCAAAGACCGAAAUUGCCAAGAUCAAAGAUUAUUCAUGUUCAAAUCAUCUGCCAUUGCCUUGAAACCAAAAAUAGAUUAUGCUAUCGAGAAUGAUCUCAAGGCAAAAAUCAUUCCUCGUAAUGGCAAGGUAUCAACGAAGUCGAGGAAAACUAGGAAGGCAGGUGGAAAUAGAUUGAGAAGAUCAGUUUCAAUAGAGAACAGAGAUGUGAACGAUGUUGAAUAUGCAAGUUACUACUACAGUGAGAAAUUAUCAAAUUACAAGACGAAAUCUCUUAAUCGGAGAAAGCAUCAGAAGAAGAUUUCAGUCGAGGACAAGAAUGGAAGUCAAGAAAAUGAGCAGCACACUUGCUCUGUCAAAGUCAAGAGCAGCUUAAGUUUUGUCAAGUACGAAGAGAAAGAACUGAGAUGUACAGAAACCGCAUCCUCCAAGGUUUUUACAAUGCGUAGUCUAUACGAAGAAAGGGAUGAGCAACCCCAUUUAAGGGCAAUGAGUAUGCCUUUUGAAAUGCCUAAAGAGAACGUUUUAAGGUCAAAGUCCUUCCCACUUCAACAAAUUAAUGGAUCGUCUUGUUUUCGCCAUAUCCACCCAAAGCUUCCAGACUAUGAUGAACUAGCAGCCAAAUUCAUGGCUCUCAAAACGGCAAAUUUCCAACCAAUUUGA